GCGCAUCACGUCACAACGUCCAGUCAAGCAACCGUUUUUGUCGCUUUGCAUCAAUUCUUGGCGGAGGAAAUUAAUAAAGCACCAGAAACUUGCAGUUGACUGCAUCACCAUACUAUUGCAUCACCGUAUUCUUUUGUUGAAUCGAAGACAGGCAAGAUGAUUGUCGAGCGCGAGAUCAAGCUCGUUACAGAGCAACAUAAUAUAGACAAGCCUCCACAGAUGGAAGGAUUCCCUAUGAAGGAGUGGUCAGUAGAGAUCUACCUGCUGGAUCAAAAUGGAAAGAAGGUGCCCGCAAAGUGCUUUACAAAAGCCGUGUACAACCUGCACCCGUCGUUCGCAAACCCCACACAGACCUUUACCGAGCCGCCCUUCCGCUGCUCGAACGAGGGAUGGGGUGAGUUCGAGAUGACGAUCGACCUCUACACAACUGAAAAGGGCGGAAAGCAGACGGUGGUGCAUGAUCUGAAUUUCAUGAAACCGACAUACGACGUCACAAAAACGAUCACCUUCCGUAACCCUUCGCAACAUCUGCAGACGUUGCUGCGCGACUCGGGCCCGUUGCCGACGGACGAGGACCGAAAGGCGCGCAAGGGCGCGGACGGGGGCAAGAAGAAGAAACAGUGGGACCUGGAGAAGCUGGCAAGCGCGCUCACGAAGCUGGGCGAGGAUGAUUUGAUUCAGGUGAUCCAGAUGAUCCACGACCACAGGAACGACGACACCUACGUCCUUAAUAACCCUGAUGCCGGGGAGUUCUCCGUGGACUUGUAUACCAUGCCAGACAACCUAACAAAGAUGUUGUGGGAAUUUAUUUCUACAACGGAUCAAGGACACCGGCUUAAGUAGUAACCCAUGCGGCGUUGAUUUGGCUUCAGGGGAGGCCUAGAUCAUUUAGAGGCAAUAAUGCUUUGCAGUGACAGAUGGGGAUCGCAUCGGAAACGGCGUUCAGGAUUUCUCGUCUGGCCAAAAAAAAGAAAAAAAAAAGACAAAAGCGUCCUAAUAGUUAAAGAGACACUUGAAGCGUGGGUGAUCAGAGGCGACACGGACUGGUGUGUACUGUACGAGGUAGUUGGUUUCACUGAACCCAGCUAUUCGAACCUCUUCUGUCCCCGUGACAGAACUCGGAGUUUAAGGUCAAGGAUUGGGCUCAAUUAGCACUCUGCUGUUUGAUUAUUGGUGGCUUCGUGGCCUUUUUCUUCUGCCGUUUCUAUUUUUGUUCUCUUUUUUUUUUUUUUUUUUGCUUAGCUAGUACUUGCAGUGUUUGACUUGGGCUUGCAGGAUUAGCACAUGACAUGAUCCGCAUUUUGAUCCAGCGCCACACAUUCCCCGGAGUCCCAUGCAAUAUUCCCCAGCUUUGACAAAUGCCAUCUCCAGCACUA